UCCUUCCCACCCACGACACCCCACACCAUGGCCUCUGCUGCAGCCGACAUUGCCCGCCGCGCCAAGGCUGCGUUCGACGCGGCACAGGCGUCGCUGCCCGGCGGCGCCGAGGCCGACGCCGCACGCAGCGAGGCGCUGCUGCUCAUCCGCGACAAGCUGCAGGCGCACGAGGCCGAGGUGCGCGACGCCAACGCCAAGGACAUGCAGGCCGCCAACGCCGCCGUCGAGGCCGGCUCGCUGUCGCGCUCGCUCGUCGCGCGCCUCGACCUCUUCAGCAAGCCCGGCAAGUGGGCCGAGCUGCUGGCGGGCCUGGCCGGCGUCGCCGCGCUGCCCUCGCCGCUCGACCACUGCACCUACUCGCGCCGCCUCGCCGAUGCCACGCCCGCCGCCGGCGCACUCGACCUGUACCGCGUCACCUGCCCCAUCGGCGUGCUGCUCUGCAUCUUCGAGGCGCGCCCCGAGGUCGUGGUGAACAUUGCCUCGCUCGCCAUCAAGUCGGGCAACGCCGCCAUUCUCAAGGGCGGCCGCGAGUCGGCGCACACGGCCGCCGUGCUCACGCGCCUCGUCGCCGAGGCCCUCGGCGGCUCGCGCCUGCCGCGCGACCUCGUGCAGUCGGUGCAGUCGCGCGACGAGGUCGCCGCGCUGCUGAAUGAGGACCGCUUCGUCGACCUCGUCAUCCCGCGCGGCGGCAACGAGCUGGUGCGUGCGAUCCAGCGCGACGCCCGCAUGCCCGUCAUGGGCCAUGCCGACGGCCUAUGCGCCAUCUAUGUGCACGACGAUGCCGAUGAGGCGACGACCGUGGCGGCAGUGGUCGAUGCCAAGACGGACUACUGCGCGGCAUGCAACGCCGUCGAGACGCUGCUGCUGCAGCGGUCACAUCUCAGCGGCAGCCUGUGGCCGGCGCUGGCCACAGCCCUGCUCGACGCCGGCGUCGAGCUGCGCUGCGAUCCGGACAGCCUGGCUGCGCUCGGCAGUCUGGCAUCCUCGCGGUCGCAGCAGGUCAAGGCUGCCACAGAAGAGGACUACGAGACGGAGUUCCUGGAGCUUACGCUCGCCGUCAAGACGGUCGAAGGCGUGGCGGAGGCCGUCUCGCACAUCAACUCGCACGGCUCGCACCACACGGAUGCCAUCUUCUGCGCGCCGCUCGCUGCGCUCAAGGCGUCGCCGGCGCCGAGCGAGCACCCGGCGGCGGCGCAGUUCACGCGCGCCGUCGCUAGUGCCAACGUCUUUGUCAACGCCUCGACGCGCUUUGCCGACGGUUUCCGGUACGGCUUCGGCACCGAGGUGGGCAUCAGCACGGGGCGGACACACGCGCGUGGCCCCGUCGGCCUCGAGGGCCUCGUCAUCUACAAGUACAUCGCGCGGGCCGAGGGACCGGGGCCGCAGACGGCCGGUGCCUUUGGGCCGGAGAAGCGGGCAUGGGCACAUACGGAGAUCGAGCGGCGCUAUCCGCGCUUCUGAACGGAAUCGAAUUCUAAUCCGGGAGUCCAGGUGGGAGACAGAAAUCCAGAUAGGAGGCAGGGUACGCGGGUCGCGCGACGGAGAACUAGCGGCGCGGGCCCAUCUCGACGUCGUCGAGGCCAGGGCGGC